UCAAGCGGACUGAACAGAAUGUGAUUGGAAACGCUUCAGUAUGUCAGGGAGGUAAAAAUCACUGCCUGAAAUUUUUAAUUGUCAUUUCUGACAUAUAUUUUGGGUUAAGUCAUUAUCUUUAGUGCCAAGCAGCCAACAGCUGCGUAAAUCAGGGUAUAGGAGGUUGUAUUAUGGUCAUUAGAAGGGCGUUCCCACCCCUGGCGUCAAAAAACCAAACUAGCUUAGUUUUAUCCCUGGAGCUAGCCACACAACAUAUGGUUAUGACUCUGUAACGAAAUUGGUGACAAGAGCUUUGCAUUUCAAGGCUAAGGGCCAAUACAAGAAGCACCUCUGAAGCUGUGAGAAAGUUUCCCUCCAUUGUCUGCAGGUGAAGAAAGCUGAAACUGCUCUUUAGCAUUGCCCCUUUAUGCAGCUUUGCCUUCUUGUAACUGGAAACACAUCAUCUUGGGAGCAAAAUGAACUGUGCAAGAAAAAGGCGACUGCAGCUGUGUAAAGUCUUGUUUGUCCUCUCUGUGAUACUUCUAUCUACCUUCUGCCAGCCCAUCACUGAUGAAAGACUGUAUGAAACUCUUCCCUCACCACGUUUUGGAGAGGAUUCAACAGAGAGGGUUGGGGAGAUUCCAAGACAGACUGAGCAGGAGGAACCUUUCACAGCAACACAUGGAUUGGAUUUCAUAGGUCAAGCAACAGCACAAAUAAAUCAUCUGGAUACCUCAGAUAAUAAAACAUCCAUCCUUACUGAGUCUCCACCAUUGCCAGAACUGACUGUAGACCCUGAGCCUGUAACAGACAUCCCUCCUGCUUCCCCUAGAGCAUUCCUUGCGGAUUUGUUUUCUAUUGAAGACCGCAGAAGAGGCUGGGUGAUCCUCCACAUUCUUGGGAUGUCAUACAUGUUCGUUUCCCUUUUAAUUGUGUGUGAUGAGUUUUUUGUUCCUUCUCUGGAAGUAAUCACAGACAAGUUAGCCAUCUCAGCUGAUGUCACUGGGGCCAUUUUCAUGGCUGCAGGCAUUUCUGCUCCUAAGUUUUUUGCCACUGUACUAGGACUCUUCCUCACCCAUAGGCACGCGAGUGCCAGUGUGAUCAUCGGCCCUUCUGUUUUCAACGUUGUCUUUGUGAUUGGCUUGUGUGCUUUAUUUUCACGAAAGGUGCUUCAUCUGAACUGGUGGCCACUUUUCAGAGAUGUUUUCUUCUACGUACUUUGUCUCUCCUCAUUCAUCAAGUUCUGUUUGGAUAAUGCCAUUGAGUGGUGGGAGAACAUUUUCAUGGUGAUCAACUAUAUUCUUUAUGCAAUUUUCAUGAAAUAUAACAGCAAAAUAGAGAGAGCUUUCAAGAGCCGAUGUUGUCACAAGGGCAGUGUGGAGAAUAUUUAUGCUGAAGAACAGGAAAAUGUGUGUGUGCUUACAGAAAAGGAUGGCCCACAAGACUUGAAAAAUGCUAUCAAUCCUGACUCAAGUGAUGAAGAGGACAUUAAGAUGGACAGCAUGCUUAAAAGACCUGUUGAUAAUUUUGAGGAUGUAAAUGGAAAGACAGAAAAAGAAGAAGAGAAAGGGGAUAAGCCUCUGUCUCUGAAGUGGCCUGAUACACAAUGUAAACAAGCCAGAUAUCUCCUCCUGCUGCCCGUAAUCCUCUCUCUGUGGCUCACACUUCCAGAUGUCCGCAACCAGAAAUCCAGAAAAUUCUUUGUGCUCACCUUCCUGGUGUCUAUUCUUUGGAUUGCUGUCUUCUCUUACUUCAUGGUGUGGUGGACCCAUCAGGUGGUUGAGACCUUUGCCAUUGGCAUAUUUGAUCCCAUUUUGAUUGGUGUUGCUGCGGAGUCAUCCAUACUCAUCUCUACCGCGAUCGUGACCCGUAAAGGCCUGGGAGACAUGGCAGUGUCCAGCUCCAUGGGUCGUAACAUCUUUUUCAUUACGUUGGGACUGCCACUUCCAUGGCUCCUGUUUUCAUCCGUCCACGGUUUCGCUCCGCUGCCUGUGGACACAAGUGGGCUCGUUUGUGCCAUGAUGCUGCUCUUUCUUGCGCUCUUCUUUUUCAUCAUCUCCAUUGCAUCCUUUAAGUGGAAGAUGAGUAAAGUGCUAGGUUUCACCUUGUUACUGGUCUAUUUGAUCUUUGUGGUGCUUUGCUUAGUCUUGCAUUAUGGAUACAUCAGAUGUCCUCUAUAAUAUAUGAUCAGCAUUGCAUCACUAUCAUCCACUGGGAUGGCUAGACAUGGCCCAGAUGUUCAAAGUAUCUCAGGGUUGUGGGAAAACAAUCUAUAGAUCCUUGAGAAUAGAUUUGUGGGCUAUUUUCCAUCCAUUAACCUUAUUGUCUUUUUUAACUUGUUUGGCAUUGCAAGCUAACAAGAACUGAAUUAGAUGAGUGUAAGCUUCAAUGAAAGAUCUGGGUAGUUUAAUCAUUUUUUAAUUCUUUUCACAUAAAUCCUUUUAUAAUGUUGUCUCUAUAAAAAAAAUCAAUCUGAAAUAUUCUGAUGCAGAGAAAGGAGUAUUUUAUAAAGGCUUAAUAUCCAUCCAGUAAUUUGUAAAACCUCAAUUCAUAAAGUGUUUUUUUAUUGGAUUCAAAUAUGAAAUAACCAUCUAGUUAUCUUAAAAGGAAAAACAUUUUCUCAGUUUCAACAUUGACAUGUCUCUAUGUUGUAUUUUCCUUUAGAUAUGGGGUUUCGAUUUUCUAAACAUCACAUUGUGUUUUGUUAACUUUAGUACAAUAUCUAUAUUUUUAAGUAACUGGUGUUGUCUUUGUUGUUUUUGCCAAAAAGACAUUUCCUCUUUACAAAGUAGAUUGUACACCCAACUGUAAGAUGAAAUAAAUGUGAAUAGAUGUCAUAUUCAAGUGAUCUAAUAUAGAAGUAUUUCAUAAAUUUUUGUACUGUUACUUUUUUACUGAAAGUGAAAAAAUGUAUAGUAGAAAUUAGCAUUUUAA